AUGAACAGAUCCGUUGAGCCAGACCACGUGACGCCCCAACCGCCGAAACGACCGGCGUCGAAGAUCUACACGCUCAAAGAGCUGCGUCAGUGCACGGGGAGCGAGUUGCCACUUCGUCUGAGCGUCAGCGCAACCAAGAAAGAAGAGGGCUAUGCCGUAUACACGAUCACGACGUCGAGCUUGUCGACCCAGAACCGAUGCCACGCAUCGUACCGGUACUCGGAGUUCCUGGCAUUUCGCACCCAAGUCGAAGAGCUGUGGACGUGCCACGAUGGCAAGUGUCAAGGAUCAUGCCAGUCCCUCCGCGACCUCAUUGACGCGUGUUUCCCAAAGAAAGUGGGCCCCAUGUCGACCUGGUCGUUCAUGGUAGAAGACCGCAAGAACAAGUUCAAGAACGUGCUGAUCCACUUGCUGCGGUCGGUACUGCUCCCCGGCAGCAUUAUGAAGUGCUUCCACGCACGUCAGCAACUACCUCCUGCUCUCUUCAAGUUCCUGGGCAUUGAGGACAACGCAGACAAGCGGUCGCUACUGCAGGUGUAUGUGGACAACCACCAGCGUGGCAUGAAGAAGUCUUCGAGUCACACGGCACUGUCGUCGCUGGAAGGCGUUGCGGCGAAAGCUUCGAUGCAAAAGUCUGCAACGACGCCGAACUUGGCUCAGAUGGAGCUUGAUGCCGAAGAGAAAGGCGCGGCCAGCGAUGUGGAGGAGCUAAAGUGCAUGAUCUGUCUCGACAACGUCGAGAAUGAUGUGCAUGCUACUGGUCCACAGGGUCUUGUAACGCUCUCGUGCAAGCACGCGUAUCACCGCGAGUGUAUCUUUGAGUGGCUGCUAUUUCAGUACCACUGCCCAAUGUGCCGUGCACAGGUUGGUCCGCAUGCCACGACAAACUACGCGUGCCCAAAGAUGCAGGAACAGUGGUGGCUUGGCAACUUUAAGCAGAACCCACUCGCUGAGUAA